UUGGUUUGUCUAUGGAUUAUAUUCGAAGUCGAACUCGAACAUAACCUCUUGAUAUUUUAUGAGUUUAUUCUAAAAUUUUCUUAAAAAAAACUACAAAAUUCACAAAAAUGUCUUCUCUGAAAGUGUAUAAUAUCGGAAGGAUGACGAAAUAUCUCACUGAGACGAGUUUACGGACGUUUCGGAGCAAUAUUUACAGAAGCACAAGCCGAGGGUACAGCACAGAGGAGAAAGCUGCCGUGGCGGAUGACAAGCAGCUGCCCAGCACAGUGGAGGAGUGUCACAAGCAGCUUGACAGUCUGACCAGUGAGCUCAACACUCUCAAGCAACAGAUCAAGGACUAUGAAGACAAAUACAAGCGCGCCCUAGCGGACGGUGAGAACGUGAGAAGGAGAAUGAUGAAGCAAGUGGAGGACGCCAAGUCCUUCGCCAUACAGAGCUUCUGCAAGGAUUUGCUCGAGGUGGCGGACACGCUGUCGGCGGCGGCGGAGAGCGUGCCCGAGGAGGGCGAGGCCGGCGCGGGUGGAGCCGCGGGCGGCGCGGCGGCCGCGCUGCGCUCGCUGCACCACGGCGUGCGCCUCACCAGCGCGCAGCUCGCGCAGGUGUUCAGCCGCCACGGGCUGGUGCCAGUUUCGCCGCUCAAGGAGAAGUUCGAUCCCAAUCUACACGAGGCACUGUUUCAACAGGAGGUGGAGGGCGCGGAGGCCGGCACGGUGGUGACGGUGAGCAAGGUCGGGUACAAGCUGCACGAGCGCUGCGUGCGGCCCGCGCUCGUCGGCGUCGCCAAGGGACCCUCGUCAUAGUCGCCACCCUCCACCACCCCCGCCACCCCCGCCACCCCCGCCCGGUCACGCCCUCGAUGGCGUGGCAAUCGGGGAUGUUCCAUUCCACCCACACAGCUGGGGACACAGUAUAGGGAUGAAUAACUCCGGACCAAAGAGCAGGCAGACAAAAUUGUAUAAUUUAAUUUUACCACAAUUAAUUAUUUUUAAUAUUUACUAUACAUUGAAAAUUAGACGUUUGUGUAAGUAGAAAGUAUGGGACAUAUGGUCUUAUUUUCAUUAUUCACUGUACUCUAUGCCCUAGCGUGGUGUCUAUGACAGGUACGUGUCAAAGAGACAGAGAAAAAAUGUUUUUGUAUUGAAGUAAACUAAGAUUUAAGCAUUUUUGAAUGGUUACUUUUUCACUGUCGCCCAUUCGGAAUGCAAUUUCGGCCGAGAACUGACGAGACAUUCAGCUGUUGCUUUUCUCAAGUUUUUUUUUUUAUACAACUUAGAACGGCAAACAAGCUGACGGCCCACCUGUUGGAAAGUGGUAACCGUCGCCUAUAGACACGAGCAGUACCGUGGACAUAACAGAGUAUACUGUUUCGCCCAUGAUACCCCCCAUGCGUUGCCAUUCCUGGGGACUCGGGUGUUAUUCCUCUGUACCCAGUAAAUUCACGCCAUAUCCCACCCUUUAAGUUUGACUUAAUAAAUAAUGAAUUUGUAUGAAUACAUAGUACUAAGCUGUAUCGAAUCAUAAAAAAAUAUAUAUUUCAUCGUCAGGUGCUUAAAUGUUCUACAAAAAGGGCGUAUUAAGGUUUCUUAGGGGGUGGACAACGCAUGAUAACCCUGGUGUAACAGGCGUCCAUAUGCUACGGUAACCCCGUUUAUUAACAGACGGGCCGUAUGCUUGUUUACCGUCAUUGUAGUAUAAAAAAAAUAUAUAAUUUAUGAAUUCAACAAAUCAUUUGAUCCUGGCAAUUAUAUUAAUAUUUAUUAAUAAUACAUACUUAUUAAAGAUUUUGUUUAAAAAAAAAAAAGCAACAGUUGAGUUUCUUGAGUUGUCAGUCAGCAUUCCGAAUGGUCGACAGAGUUGACAAAAAAAAACUAUUCAAAAGUGCUUAAAAUUGAGUUAGUUUACUUAAAUAAAAAAUAUAUAUUUAUUUAUUUAUUUUACACUUUAUUGCACCAAGUAAAAAGAGAAAUAACAAAUACAGUAAAUAUUAAUGAGAAGUGAUACAAAAGGCGGCCUUAUCGCUAAGCAAUCUCUUCCACACAACCUUUGGGUAGAGGACAUUGAGAAAAAGACAAAGGGUAGGUGGCGCACUAUUAUAUAAAUAUUAACAUAUUAACAUAUAUAUAUAUAUAUAUAUAUAUAUAUAUAUAUAUAUAUAUAUAUAUAUAUAUAUAUAUAUAUAUAUAUAUAUAUAUAUAUAUAUAUAUAUAUAUAUAUAUAUAUAUACAUAUUUAUUAUCAAUUUACGAUUAUUAAAUUGAGUUUAACAGGAAAAAUUUCACUCAAUCCAAGCUCUUUUAAUGUCCUAAUAGCUAAUAUUUAAAUAACAGCAAGCUAUCACGCGAACAGUAAAGUGGUCAAUGUAUAGUAAAUAUUGUGUCGUAUUUAUAUUUAAACAUACCCCCUUAUACAAAUAACGCUGGAGUGUUUUUUUCACACAGAUCGGCUCAGAGCACGCAUUGAAAUGUAUUAUCGUUAUGUGAAAUUAUUUUUGUUCACAGUGAUAUCACCUGUGACAAAUCACAGCGGUGAUUUUCAUUUCCAGUUAUUUAAUGUCGCAUUCACUACGAUUUGCUUAAUGAUAGUGAAAUAUUAAAUAGUUUUAUGGUAAUACAAUGAGAGAAUAGACGCUUUAGUACAGUAUGAUAAAGUUUCCAUUCGCUCGCUCUGUAGGGCCCAGUUGGCCGUCUGAUGCAUUUUUGAAUACUGCUAAUCGCGCGUAGCCGAUGGCUCACGAAUAAAUCCGAACGCAGUAACGAUCUGUGAUUUUACUAGAGUGAUUUGUAGCAGUGUUAUUGUAGCAAUUUGUGAUUUCACUAGUGCUAUGUGAAAUAUUCCAAUCCUAGCGUAGAGACGAGGGCAGAUUUUGAACGCGUUUAAGAUCAUUGAAAUAAGGUUUAUUUUCAAACGACUUCAAAAAGACGCAGUUUCUCAAUUUGAUUGCAUUUUUUCAUGUUCGUCACCUCAUAACUCCGUCAGUUGUGAACCGUUUUGGAAUUUUUUUUUUCUGAAAGGUCAUACUUACAGAUUGGUCCCGUGGUAAUUUUAACGAAAUCGGUAAAGCAGUUUAGUUGUUAAACCAUAAUAACUGCUUUUAUCACAAGUGAAAUAAGUUAUUUUGCGGAAUACAAUCUUAUGACACGUCACAUGACUAAAGAAAAAGUAAAAAUAAACCUUAUCGCAAUGCUCUUAAAACUUUUAUCGCUUUUUAAACACGAUCAAAGUUUGGCCUCUUGGAGCCGCUCUGUGUGAAUGAUGCCGAGUAUGUAGUUACUUAAAAUUAAAAUAUAGGCUUCGUUUACACACACACGGAGCAUUGAAAAUCGCAUUGAGCAAUGAAAACCGUAAUUGUGAUUUUUCACACUAUAAUUAUUUGUAACAGGUUAGAAAGUAGCAGAUGUGACAUUUCAUAUGAUAUUACAAAUGUUAAUAGUGAAAUACGUCAUGUAGUGUCUGUGCAAACGAGGCUUAAUGAAGCGUUAAUGAUCAAGCAGCAUAAUGAUUUGUAUGGGGAAUCAAGCGUAAACUGGACUGAGGCAUCACUCGAUAUACUUACGACUUUCCAGAUGUAUGAAUUACUUUUAUAUUGUAUGUAUGAGAGAGAGGCGGUAGUUGUUGCAUGAUUAAAUUGAUUUAUUGUUUUA